AAUGUAAAAGACGGCAACAGAAUGAUACCAGAAAAGUCGAGAACUGAGAAUUGCAUUUUAUGUCCUUUCUCAUUUGACCGGCCAGCUGGCCAGUUAAACUGGUCAGACCAUCUAAACCGAGAACUGGUGAGCCAACCAUUUAUAUUACCAGUUCGGAUUUCAAAACCAUGGUGGAGUUAGUAACUAUUAAUAAAGGUAAAAUAAAAAAAGAAAACUUUAGUGCUAUGUUAAAAAUUGAAAUUAACAAUCUCAAUUAUCUUUUUUAAAAAAAUGUUACAAGUAAAAUAGGUUGAUAGAAGUUUAAGAUUUUAUAUAACCAUUGUUAUGAAUUAUGAUUAUAUAUUAACAAGUUGUCAUUUAUUUUUUGGAACAAGAUGUAGUUUCGGAGUGGGAUUAGGAGGAGAAAGAAAGGUAUUCAGUCAUUGUCAAGUGUCAACAAAGAUGAAUUUUCAACAAGGGAACCAAAAGACUCAAAAUUCUCCGUCUUCCCUUAUCUAGAUGGAAUUUUCCAACGAGGGAACUAAAGGCUCAAAAGUAAAGAAAGGCAUUCAGUCAUUGUCAAGUGUCAACAAAGAUGAAUUUUCAAUAAGGGAACCAAAAGACUCAAAAUUCUCCGUCUUCCCUUAUCUAGAUGGAAUUUUCCAACAAGGGAACUAAAGACUCAAAAGUCUCCGUCUUCUCGUCUUAGAUGGAAUUUUCUAACCCCUGCACACCGGCACAGGUUUGCGAGCAUUAUAAAUAUAGUAUCAAAACCUAA